AUGGCGCAGAUCAGAUGGGACCGGCAGGAACCUGAGGGUGGAGCGUGUUAUCCAUCAGGCACUACAGGGGUAUCCGGAACUCCACUCCUGGUCAGGGCUCUGGUGGUAAUGGGUCCUCUCCUGCUCAGGUCCCUGGUGGUGGUCGCUGCACUCUCCGCCACCCCGGCUGAGGUGUUGCCGGCUGCCCCGAGUCUGCAGGUGGCAGCACUGUCGCCGACCGCGCUGCAGGUCACGUGGCAGCCCGGUCAAGGUCACGUGGCAGCGCUGCCCACUGAUUGGUUCGUGGUGACUGUGACGCCUUUGCGCUCCUUCGACCCAGACAAGAUGGCACUGUUGCCUAGCAACGAGACGGUGAUGAACCCCGCGAAUGCCGUGGACGAAACUGUACAUAUGUUUAAUGCCAGCGCAGAGCAGCGAUCUCUAAACGUCACAGCACUCCAUCCCCUGCACAUGUACGAGGUGUCGGUGACGGCCCACAGCUCUCUGGGAAUCAGCGCCAGCUUGGACCGGGUCCGCGCCGUCACCUGGAUCCCGGAUACCUCGGCCGGAUCCGGGACACCGCCUCCUCUGACCGCCGUCCGUGACUGCUGCCAGCGCGCCGGUAUCCCGGCACAGUCGGGCUGUGUGCAGAUGCUCUGUAACCCGCCCAGCGCUGCUAAUUCCACCUAUCAAGCUAAUACAAUUGCGACGGUGGUGUGCUCGAACUGGAUUCGGCAGAGUUUCGCGUGCAUGACGGACGGCCAGGACCACCGCGACUGCUGCCGGGCGCGUGGUCUUCCUGAUCGCUGCGUACAGCUGUGCGCGCCGGCGGCACCGGUCACCACCGCGCACCUGGGGUGAGUAGACAGACCCGCAGGCCUGUUCAUGGUGUAUUUAGUCUGACGUAACGCUCACGGACUUGUGUGUCCAUUUAAUCCUCACCCUUAUUGGUGUUUUGCCAACCGCGACCCCCGCCCCUCCCCCCCCCCCUUACCGUUCGGCAAUUCGGCAAAAACGAUCGAGCUAGAGCUUUACGAAAAAAAAAACGAGCAUGUUGCCUGUGACGAGAGGAAGGAUACCCAAUGGCAAUGUCCUAGGUCAUUGGUUGAUCUUCCAGGUCAGGCCAAUAACCCAAAGGUCGGGAAAAUCGGGAUCAGUCAGAACUACGUAAAUGGAGGUUGUCAUAUGUUUUUUUUUUUUUUGGUGCUGUUCGCGAAUUUGAUCGCAUUAAUGUCUUCAUGCAUUUAGGGCAGGUCGGGUCAAGUCAGGUUAGGUCAACCAGUAGGCGUCCUGCUGGCUAUCCAUAGUAGGUGUCAACUACCACUGACGGCGUCGUAACAUGUUACGAAGGCACCAAAACUACUUCAUGAAUGUUCAAAUGGAUGCUAAAUUCGAAAUCAGCUCCCAAACCUCUCCUAGACACAUGUAAAACUCGAAAAAGUGAACCAAGAUCAUCAACGGUUAAUGACCUUGACCGGACCUUCACGUGAUCUUAGGACCCACCAUAAUGCAUUGGACCCACAGCAUUUCACAUGUUACAACCACACUGACGGGAAACGCGCGGAUAAUAUGAGGCGGCAUACGCCGAAUCGGGAUUUUGGCCAAACGUGGUCAGAAAUAGGUCACAGGUCAUUUGGGUCAGGGUCAUGAAAUUUUUAGGGUAGGUGUAAAAUUGAUCAAAUUGAUGGUACUGAAAGUUUUGUCUGUCGCGCGACCGGCCACUUUUUGCGCUAGACAUUUGCAACACAAAAAAAUGAAGACCUUUCGUCUUCCCCUCCCCCCAUAAGUCCGAGGAUUAAAAGUGAAACCAAGAUCAAUGUUUUAGUGUUAACACGCGCAGUGGAAGGGGGGGGGGCGGAUUUCGCCCACCCCUCCUGUUUUUCGCCAAUAACUCGCGCCGCAAGUACAAUAUCAAUGUGAAAUUCCGGCUACCUGUCCAGAAUUGAAUAGCGGAUCUUCUCGUGCAAGAAGUAAGAAAAUCGGUUCACAACUUUUCUAGUAAUAGCGGUGUAAAGUCAAACAUCGUGCCGCCGCGGCGGCGCGGCGGCCGGCGCUAGCCGUUACGCGCCGCCUGAAUUGUAGACUGUGCCGGGGCGGGACGGUUCCGUCUUUACAUCGCGCUCCUUACCGCUGAUUAUUUUAGAUUCGCGUCAAAUUCGGUGAGAAGACUGAGAAUUGUACAGGCAAUCAUAUGGUCAAAGAAUUUGGAAAAUCGGCCGGUAACAACUUGAGUUAUGAGUGUGUAAACACAAAAUUGUGAUUGCCGCGUUUCCCGCGUCGGCCGAUGCCGCUUCAGCCGGCGACAUCUUACCCUUAGCAGGCUUCUAACUGCCAUAUUUAUUGUUGGAUUGUCUAGAAAUUCACCAUACAUACUCACAAAUGUUUGCUCUUUCGUAUAGUUAAAGUUUUAAAAAAA